GCUGAUUUAUCAUAUUUUGAUCAUAUUAAAUUUAGUCCUGGUUGCAGGAGGACAUCAUCAUAAACAGUGCAAUGGAAUUUACAUCAUUUAUAGCAGUAUAAUAUAUUGACAUUUAUAAUCGUGAGGUUUUGUCAUCGCUAAUGUUACUUUUUAUUAUGUCUUAGAAAAGAAAAUCAGUGCUGUAUUCAGAAUGUCGUCGAAAUGUGAAAUAUUUUCUCUUUACGACAGUUCUCCGGAUACACUUUUGAACUUGUGUAUGGAUUACAUCGUAGCCAAUUUGAAUAUAAUUACGAAGUUAGAUUCUGUAAGCCGAUGGCGCAAGCUAAAAGACGAUAUCAUAUUACCAGCUGAAAUCUGCGAGAAGUUUCUCCAGACCUAUCAAAAAAAGAAUCGCGUCAACGAUAAUAUUGCGAAUUUGUUUCGCGAUCGUUCCCGUACUCGAUUGGAUCGUGUCAAGCUCCGUAACUCCCGAAUUACCGAUGAAGGUCUUCGUUGCUUCAUGGAUCACAAGCCAUAUGAGGUGGAACUCGUACAGUGUGAGUACCUCUCUCAAGCCUCUUUAGACCUCAUUAAUAGCAACAGUGAUAAUCUAGUCUCAUUAAAAUUUGGACCACUUACUUAUGUGGUUUCUCAAGAUGAAAGUAUGUUUCGUCAACGACGCUAUAUUAUAGACGCACCUAAAUUGCGACGGCUGACUAUACAGUGCAGAGGCAUGUCUAUAUUCCCUCUGCUACUUCUGAAACCCUUACAUCACCUCACUCACUUAGAUCUUUCUGAAUAUACAUCAGCUGGUUCCACAUGGGCUCUGCACGAGCUAAAGAACUUGUUGUCACUUGUGCUUCACAGUGUCUUAUGGUCAAAAGAAAUAAUUGAGUGGAUCGCUAGUAUGCAUACUUUACGACACUUAGAUAUUUCACAGUCCAACGAGAGACAUGGUAAAUAUUUUAGUCCAAAUGAAGUUUUGUCUAAACUGGUGACCAGUUUACCAAACUUGAAAUCACUGGAUAUUUCUGGAACUAAUUUGGCUGGUAACGGAUGUGCAGUACCAGCUUUAACAGAAGGAACUUCAAAAGGGGCAGACACUCAUGUCCGCUGUGAUAUUCCUGGACUUGUGAGCCGUGUUAAUCGUCCAUUAGAAUUUCUAGGUUUGUAUGGAACACACCAUGGUGCUUGCAAACGACAUGACAUCCCAGCAAAAGUGAUUACAGGUGAUGCCAAUGAAGAACAAAUCCUGACAGCAGGAGUUGCAUACAUGGAACGACCAGCUAUGUUGACUCGAGUUUUGAAUGAUUUGUAUUACAUGUUCCGUAGCACUGAGAGAUACAACUCAUAUGUAGGGCGUGCAUUAAAUGUUGUUCUUCAAGCUAUGGAGCAACAUGUGUCUGAGAAACACAUACAAAUAUCUGGCAGUGCAACAUUAUUCUACAUAGUUAAAGGCAAGGAGAAACCUUGUAUUGGCAUAAAGCUUAAACGCCGUAUCAUCACAGCAUUGUUGGACGGCAUGGAGGCUCAUCUGGGAGAUGACACUAUGAUGCGUAAUGGCUGCCUUACACUCUGCCAAUUCAAAAUACCUACUGAUGUUUUGUUUGAAUAUGAACGUGUAGUGCAGAUCCUGCUAACAGGAGUAGCAGAUGUCAACCAAGAAGGUUUCGUGCAGCGUAUUGCUAUAUAUCUACUGAAUUCUCUUGCUUGUCAAGUGGAUGGCAAGCAGAAACGUUUCCUUGGAAAUCAUGGUGCUAUUGUGAAGAUGCUGAACCUCAUCUCAGACAGGCUCGAGAGACACGUUUGUGACGACGUACUUGAAGUUGCUUGGUCUACAAUGUGGAACGUCACCGAUGAGACUCCUCAGAACUGCCAGCGCUUCCUUGAUAAUCGGGGCAUGGAAUUUUUCCUUGGUUGUCUAAAAUGUUUCCCCGACAAAGAAGAGCUGCUUCGCAACAUGAUGGGUCUAUUAGGAAAUGUAGCUGAGGUGGCUGAACUGCGCCCCCAACUAAUGGACAAACAGUUCCUCACAGUAUUCCAUGAACUACUCGAUUCAUCUAGUGACGGCAUUGAGGUGAGCUACAACGCAGCAGGGGUACUCGCACAUAUGGCGUCCGAUGGUCCAGAAGCAUGGACUGUAGAUGAACCGGCCAGAGAUGCUGUACUGCAACGUAUCGCCGCUGCAGUCGAAAGAUGGGAUCGAAGAGCCGAAAGAAACAUUAACUACCGGUCGUUCGAGCCGAUACUGAGCCUACUCCACGCUCAUCACACCCCACAGUGCCAGCACUGGGCAGUAUGGGCGUUGGCCAACCUUACCACUGUAUACCCUGACAAAUACUGCGGUUUGGUAGAGGCAGAGGGUGGUAUAAAAUUGCUUCGCUGCCUGCUUCGUCACCCCGGACCCUACCCCAUGAUCAAAGACCUAGCGCGGGUCGUCAUCAGCAACUGCACUAAAUAUAACUCACGAGACCUGAGCACUCCGCCCCCGGGCUCUCCGGACAAUUAACUAAUGGACUACUUUGAGGACAUCGAUCCUCAUAUACGAGAUUAGCAGUUGCUCAUAUGCAAACUAUUCGUAGUAUGGAUUGUGAUCAUGUCAAGCUUCGUGGUUGGCACACUGCUGCUAAUAAUACUCUCGUAAAAAGACUGCAAUGGACAGCUUAGUUCUUUACCCACUCGGGAUUAGUGUUAAGUGCGCGGGUCGGUUACAAGUGACAUUAUUAAUGGAAAUAUGGAAUAUCAUUCGCUAUCAAUAAUAAUCAAUGUUUUCGUGCUAAUUAAACAAAAAAAAUACAAAAAAA